AAUGUAUCUGCAAACAAAUCUCUCUCUUCUCUCCUCUCCUCCUCAAAUCUCUUUCUUUCCUGUUCUUCGUACAUACAAUUCCUGAAUCUAUCUUUUUCUUCAAUAGAUUCAAUACUAUGUCGACCAUUGCUCUGGAGCCUAUUCUUCAUCACUGUCGCAGAGAGAGCCCCAAAUUUCGCCUAAAUUCGAAGAAGGCCAAACAAUCUUCUAUAAAUUACACUCUCAGAUCGUUCUCCAAUUAUAGGAGCUUCUGCAACUUCAGACCUUCCACAGCUCUCCAUCUCCGAGCAAGCUCCACCGAUACAGCUGUCUUCGAGACCUCCGAAUCUACACAAGUCUUCUUCAAGAAGACAUUUCCAUUAAACCGGACUGAAAAGGUCGAGGGAAAUAUAUCUAUCAGAUUAAAUAAUGGGAAGGAUCAAUAUAACUGGGAGCUUGUCGUGGGAUGUAAUAUUCCUGGGAAGUGGGUUCUUCACUGGGGAGUAAAUUUUGUUGACGACAUUAGCAGGUAUGUUUUGCCUUGUAGGUGGCUCAUGCUUUUAGUUUUGAGGGUUCUUCACUGGGGAGUAAGUUUGGUUGAUGACAUUAGCAGUGAAUGGGAUCAACCCCCUCUUGAGAUGAGACCCCCAGGCUCUAUUCCCAUUAAGGACUAUGCAAUUGAGACUCCUUUGAAAAAAUCAUCCGCAACACCAGAAGGAGAUACCUUUCAGGAAGUGAAGAUUGAUUUUAGUACCAACAGUGCAAUUGCAGCUAUAAAUUUUGUUUUGAAGGAUGAGGAAACUGGAGCUUGGUAUCAGCAUAGAGGGAGAGACUUCAAGGUGCCUCUUGUUGACUACCUUCAUGAAGAUGGCAAUAUUGUAGGAGCUAAAAAGGGCUUUGGCAUAUGGCCAGGGGCUUUGGGACAACUAUCCAACAUACUCCUCAACUCAGAAGGAGCUAACCCUAAAGACGAAGAUAGCAAUAAUGAAUCUGGAGACCCUAACAAGAAAACUAGGCGACUUGAAGGGUUCUAUGAAGAGCAUUCCAUUGUGAAAGUAGUUCCACUUCAAAACUCAUUGAGUGCUUCUGUCAUGAAAUGCCCAGAGACAGCUAAAAAUAUUCUGCGUAUAGAAACUGAUCUACCUGGUGACGUCGUUGUUCAUUGGGGAGUUUGCAAGGAUAACGAUAAAAAGUGGGAAAUUCCAUCUGCGCCAUUUCCAGCUGAAACAGUAGUAUUCAAAAAUAAGGCUUUGCAGACUUUGUUACAGCAUAAAGAGGAUGGACAUGGUAGUUGGGGAUUAUUUACGUUAGAUGAAGGAUUUGUGGCGUUCCAGUUUGUGCUCAAGAUAAAAGAACAGACGUGGUUGAAUUUUAUGGAAAAUGACUUCCAUAUACCUCUUUCUCAAUCUCGAGAUGGUCAAUCUGAAGGUCAGGGAUUGAAGGAAUUUUCUGAAGGAGAGAAAUCAGCUUCUUCACAGACAACAGGGGAAAAAGAUCAAGCAGUUUCUGAUACUGCAUAUACUGACGGAAUCAUCAAUGAAAUAAGGAAUCUAGUGAUUGGAAUUUCCUCCGAGAAGCGUCAAAAUACAAAAAGCAAAGAAGCACAAGAAAGCAUUCUUCAAGAAAUUGAAAAGCUGGCAGCGGAAGCCUAUAGCAUCUUCAGAAGCUCGAUUCCGACGUUUGUAGAACAGGAAUCCAAGGCACUGGAAACUGAGGCACUGGAGGCACUAAAACCCGCUAAAAAAAUAUGUUCAGGAACAGGCUCAGGUUUUGAGAUCCUGUGCCAAGGAUUUAACUGGGAGUCUCAUAAAUCUGGAAGAUGGUAUAUGGAGCUCAAUGAAAAAGCUGCAGAAUUAUCUUCACUUGGUUUUACUGUUGUCUGGUUACCUCCACCCACAGAAUCUGUUUCUCCUGAAGGCUACAUGCCUAAGGAUUUAUAUAACUUGAAUUCCAGAUAUGGAAGCAUGGAUGAACUGAAGGUUCUUGUAAAAAAAUUCCACGAAGCUGGUAUCAAGGUUCUUGGAGAUGUUGUCUUAAAUCACCGCUGCGCACACUAUAAAAAUCAAAAUGGUGUUUGGAAUAUUUUUGGUGGGCGUUUAAAUUGGGAUGAUCGUGCAGUUGUUGCGGAUGAUCCACAUUUCCAGGGGAGGGGCAACAAGAGCAGCGGAGAUAAUUUCCAUGCUGCUCCAAAUAUUGAUCAUUCACAAGACUUCGUGAGGAAAGAUCUCAAAGAAUGGUUGCUGUGGCUGAGAGAAGAAGUUGGAUAUGAUGGAUGGAGGCUUGACUUUGUUCGGGGAUUUUGGGGUGGCUAUGUCAAGGACUACUUGGAUGCUACUGAACCUUACUUCGCUGUAGGCGAGUAUUGGGAUUCCCUCAGUUACACAUAUGGCGAGAUGGAUCACAAUCAAGAUGCGCAUAGGCAGAGAAUUAUUGACUGGAUCAAUGCUACAAAUGGAACUGCUGGUGCAUUUGAUGUCACAACCAAAGGAAUUCUUCAUGCUGCACUUGACAGAUGUGAAUAUUGGCGAUUAUCAGAUCAGAAGGGAAAACCUCCAGGGGUUGUUGGGUGGUGGCCGUCUCGUGCUGUUACCUUCAUAGAGAAUCAUGAUACUGGUUCUACUCAGGGUCAUUGGAGAUUUCCUGGCGGAAAGGAGAUGCAAGGGUAUGCUUACAUCCUGACUCACCCUGGAACACCGGCAGUUUUCUAUGAUCACCUAUUCUCUCACUAUCAUUCUGAAAUUAAAGCACUUUUAUCUAUCCGAAACCGGAACAAGAUACAGUGUCGUAGUACGGUUAAAAUAACCAAGACAGAAAGGGAUGUUUAUGCUGCCAUAAUUGAUAAAAAAGUGGCAAUGAAGAUCGGACCAGGUCAUUAUGAGCCCCCAACGGAAUCCCAAAAAUGGUCUGUGGCCUUUGAGGGAAAAGAUUACAAGGUCUGGGAAGCGUCUUAAGACAUUUGACAGUGACGCUGUUCUUGUCAAAAGCAUAUGAAGCAUUUGACAGAAUAUAUCCAGUACCGAGGUACCGUAAUUUUUCUACUAGUUGUUUUGAAACUCGCAAGGUCGGGGUGCUGCACUUGUUCAAGAUUUCUAGCUAUGCUCCUUUAAGUGCAGAUACUCAGACUAGACUCUUAUCAAGAUAAGAGUGAGAAUAACUUGUCUUAAGGUAGUAGGGUCAGAUGAAGACGAGGAGAAUAAAUUAUUGAGUCUAGGGCAGGAUUAUGUACCUGUAUACAUUAUAUAUAUAUAUAUAUUGUAAUACCUUCUGGAAACAAUUGAGGUAAACAUGCUUGGGGAAUAAUAACCUGGCAUCUACAAUGUAAAAGUUUGUAUAAUUGUUGUAACUCUUAAUGUUCAAUUAAUUAAUAUGUUUUUGACCUUUUCCUUA